AUGCAGUCUGAGAGUCCGUUUGAGGUACCGAUAUGCGUGGCAGAUGCCCAGUUGACCUCGGCCGACCGGAAGAAACGCGUAUUACCCUUUGAUCACUCCCGAACUUUGGCACACUAUUACUAUGCUUCUGAACAACAACUUCGUGAUGCCAUUAAUGUGGCACUCAAGGCCAGAGAAACUUGGUCACGAACUACAUUCGACGAACGAGCUCACAUUUUUCUAAAGGCUGCGGAUCUGGUCAGCGAUAAAUAUAGACUUUCCCUUUUGGCAGCCACCAUGCUUGGCCAGGGCAAAACAAUCUUCCAAGCAGAGAUCGACGCCGCCGCUGAAUUGGCUGAUUUUCUUCGAUUCAAUGUGCAAUUUGCUUCGGAGGCACUGCGGUACAAGCCGAUUGACACCAAAGAGGCGAACAAUCGUCUCAUUUACCGCCCAAAUGAAGGUUUUUGGGCAGCUAUUUCUCCAUUCAACUUCACCGCUAUUGCUGGUAAUCUGCCUAGUGCUCCAGCUUUGAUGGGCAAUGUGGUGUUGUGGAAACCUUCGGACUCAUCCAUCCACUCCAACUACCUCAUAUAUCGCGUUUUUCGUGAAAGCGGUCUUCCGCCAGGAGUGAUUAAUUUCGUCCCUGCUGACGGUCCAACAUUCGGUGGUGUGGUUACCAAACAUCCUCUCCUUGCUGGGAUCAACUUCACCGGCAGUACCACCACCUUCCGCACCAUUUUGAGUGACAUCGCGAGUAACUUGGGUAUCUACCGCGGCUAUCCACGCACAAUCGGCGAGUGCGGUGGAAAGAAUUACCACUUUGUUCACACAUCAGCUGAUCUAGAAGCUGCUGCGCUUGGUACUAUCCGCAGUGCGUUUGAGUAUUCCGGUCAAAAGUGUAGCGCAUGCAGUCGGUUGUACGUACCAUCCACCGUUUGGCCCAAGCUGCGUACUCUGCUACUGGAACAUCACCGCCAGUUAAAAGUGGGCACUCCACUCGAGUCCGAUACCUUUACGUCCGCAGUGAUUGAUCAUGCCGUAGUAUGGAGCAAGGAUAGUCGUGAAAUGGAGGAGCUUAUGCAGUGGACUAUUUUUGAAGUGAACGUUUUGUAA